AAGGUGUUAUUCCCUUCUAGAUGGGUCCAUAGCAACUUAUCAUUUUACCCAAACAUGGCCAUAUCGGCCCACAAUGGUUCACAUAUACUGUCUCCAUAUGGCCCUAUAAAAACUUCCCCAUGCAUGCUCCUCUUUAUUCAAAUCAAAUUUCUAGCCGUGCUAACUGCUAAGUGUUAGCCUAAACACUAGCUCCCGGCCUUCAUCUUGACCAACAAUGUCCGGAGUGUGGGUGUUCAAGAACGGCGUCGUUCGUCUCGUCGAGAACCCAGCUGCGGAAUCAAUGGAGCGAGGGCAGCGAAAGGUGCUAAUCCAUGUUCCUACUAAUGAAGUCAUCACAGGUUACGACGUACUGGAGCAAAAGCUCUUGGCGUUAGGUUGGGAGCGUUAUUAUGAUGAUCCUGAUCUUCUUCAGUUCCACAAACGCUCCACUGUUCACUUGAUUUCCUUGCCAAGAGACUUCCGCAAGUUCAAGUCCAUGCAUAUGUUUGAUAUUGUUGUCAAAAACCGUAACAUGUUUGAAGUUAGGGACACUUAGUUGCUUACUUAGAGUCACUUUCUUCACCUUCUUUUUCUUUCCCUAAAAUUUGUUAGUUUGGAGGUUUGAUUAUGAUUUUAAAGUUUGAGAGUGUCUGGAUUGGUUUGUAUUGUGCUAAAUUUAUUAGAUUAGAGAGGCUGGUUAUCAUUGUUGAUUGGUUGUGUAUAGUUUACUAUGUAUGUAUAGAGUGAUUUUGGUUUGUGUGUAAGCUGAUUUUGUGUGCUUUAUUAAUAUACUAUUUUUUUUUGUAA